AUGGACCACAGGAACCAUAGAUCGGACAAGGGAGAGGACUUGGUGAAAACAGAUGCAGGCCAUCUCGAAAAUCUGCGAGGGAUAGCCCCACAACAGGACUUCAAGUCGAAGCUUGACAAGAAGAUCGACAGAAAGUUCGAUCUCCAUAUCGUCCCAUGGUUGUUUGGUAUAUGGCUUUUUGCUUUCAUCGAUCGGAGCAACAUCGGAAAUGCUCGUGUUGAUGGUCUUGCGACUGACCUUGGCAUUGCAACUGGGACGACCUAUAACCUCGCACUCUUGGUGUUUUACAUUCCAUAUAUCCUCGUGGAUGUCCCGAGUAAUUGGAUAAUCAAGCAUGUCAAGGCAGGAUACUAUCUACCUACCUUGAUUACUUGCUGGGGUCUUGUUUCGACGUUCGUUGGGUUCACCAAGUCUCUAGCUGGCUUGAUAGUGGCGAGGCUGUUACUUGGCGCUUUUGAAGGCGGCCUUCUUGGCGGAAUCAUUGUAUAUCUGGCCAUGUUCUACCGGCGGCAUCAGAUGGUCCGCCGAAUUGGGUUUUUCUACUGCGCGGCACCUCUGUCCGGUGCAUUUGGCGGGCUACUCGCGACAGGACUGGCGCGGAUCAGCUACAAUGGCUAUAACAGAUGGCCCUGGAUUUUCUUCAUUGAGGGCAUCAUCACGACUCUAUUCGGCAUUAUCUGCUUCUUCACAAUGCCCCACACGCCUGCGGAGGCCAAGUUUCUGACGGAGGAAGAGAGCGCGCGCGCUCUCACAAGACUGCGAUUGGACAAUCAUGGUGCCGCCGAAACUGGUGAUGUCAACCAGGAACACUUUGACUGGCAUUGGGUUAAAAUGGCUUUUAGGGCACCACAGCUAUGGUUCUGUUGCCUAAUAUGGUUCUUCCUCCUGAUUCCCUUAUAUGUAAUUAUGUAUUUUUCCGUAACUCCUCGACAAGAAGUAACUGACCGAAGCCAGAGCUUUUCCUUAUUUUUACCAACAAUCAUCAGCGGUCUUGGCUACACGAACACGGUCGCCCAGUUGUUCACAGUGCCACCAAACAUGGCUGCAUUCUUUGUCGUGCUUGGCACCUCGUUUCUUUCUGACCAUCUCAAGGCCAGAGGCCCGAUCAUGGCAGUUGGUUGCAUCGUUUCCAUUGCUGGUUAUAUCAUGCUGCUUGCAGCAGAUCAAAACUCCACGCGUUAUGGAGGAACCUUCUUAGUAGCCGUCGGGAUAUUCCCUAGCUCGGCUAUGACCAUGGGCUGGAUAUCGAAUAAUCUUGCACCACAUUACGUAAGAGCCACGGGCGUAGGCUUCCUCAUCGCCUUUUCGAACUGUGCGGCAUUCGUGGCGACGUAUAUAUACCUUGCUAAGGACGCACCGAGAUAUAUUCUGGGACACUCCAUCUGCAUUGGCGCACUUGUAUUAUGCUUGGCGACUGUAUGUGCGCAAAUGGCAUACUGCGCCUGGGAAAACAAGAAGAGAAGUUCUGGGCAACGAGAUGAGAGACUCCGCACUGGUGAAGAAUACCGACUGGGCCAUCGCCACCCUCACUUCAGAUAUACACUGUAA